AUGGGCCGGUUGACAGAGAGAGCUUUCUCAUGGCCGGCGCGGCCUUGGCCGUCGUCAGUCAGGACGGUGACAGAAAAAAUACAUCGCUUUUCUGGUCGUGGUGGAACCAGCCCUAGUACGGUUCAAUCGACGGUGUCGACGACAACCUGGGCACCAUCUGCGGCCAACCGCGACGUGACGAAGACGGUUGGUGGAUUCAUCGGGAGAGGUUCCAACCGCUUCGGUGGGGCCAGUAGUGAGAGUGAAGUAGAUUAUGGUGGCACUAGUAGCAGUAGUAGCUCUUUGGAUGACUUCAUCUACGAGAACAAUGGCAGUGCAAGUAGUUCUAGUAGUGGCGAGUUGUUCAACGGGAUAUUCUCCAACUUCAGUAGUACCCCCGUAGGAUCUAGCAGUCAGUCUCUGCUCUCAAACUAUACAAACGAGUUCGGCAUUAAUUCAAACGUUUCUAGUAGCAGCGGCGGUAGCAGCGAUGGGGGUUUUGGUGCGACUGGCAGUUCUCGACUGACUUUUGGUUCCCUUCCGAACCUGCUGGAAGAGGACGAGUUGAUGGCACUGUGGAAUUGCACCAACUGCUUUUUGCUCAAUUACAGUGGUAGUAGUAGUAGUAGUAGUAGUUCUGCACUGAUCAAUGCCACCAUCAGCAGUAGAUACGUCAAUGGGUCGGAUCGGGACACGCUACUGUCGGGAACGGAGGACAGUGGCGGAAUGGACGACGAUGCCGAGACCACCAUCUAUCUGAUACGGGUGAUAGCGACGGCCAUUGUUUUGGGAAUUGUUAUUUUAGCUACGGUUAUAGGAAAUGUUUUUGUUAUAGCGGCGAUUCUGCUGGAACGGAACCUGCAAAGCGUUGCCAACCACUUGAUAUUAUCGUUGGCCGUGGCGGAUCUGCUGGUGGCCUGUCUGGUGAUGCCACUCGGAGCCGUGUACGAGGUAUCGAACGAGUGGCGACUGGGAGCGGAUCUGUGCGACAUGUGGACCUCCAGUGACGUGCUGUGCUGCACCGCGUCCAUACUGCAUCUGGUAGCAAUCGCACUGGACAGGUACUGGGCCGUGACGGACAUCGACUAUGCCCACCAGCGGACGGCCCGACGGAUCGGGUACAUGAUCAUCGUCAUCUGGACCCUGUCGGUGCUGGUUUCCAUUGCGCCGCUGCUCGGCUGGAAGGAUCCCGAGUGGGAAUCCCGCGUCUACCAGGAUCUGCAGUGCAUCGUGUCGCAGGACGUCGGUUAUCAGAUAUUUGCCACCGCAUCUAGCUUCUACGUGCCGCUGCUGGUGAUACUGUUCCUCUACUGGCGGAUAUUUCUAGCGGCCCGGAAAAGGAUACGGCGACGGCAGCAGGUAAACGCAACGCAGCCGAACGCGAUCGGUGGCCCGACGGCGAACGUGGUCGGCGGUUCGGGCGGCAUAGCGGCCGCCGUGGUCGCAGUCAUCGGCCGCCCGCUGCCGACGAUCAGCGAAACGACGACGGCCUUCACGAACGUGUCGUCGGCCAACACCAGCCCGGAGAAGGCCAGCUUCGGCAACGGUAUCGAGCGGGACCGGAUCGAGGCCGACCUGCCGACGGCGGACAUGUCCACGGCCUACCCGUCGCAGGGAGCUUCCUGCUCGUCGGUCAAACCGUCGAUCAUGAAGAAAAAAUCCCAGGCGGCGACGGACUCGAAGCGGGAACGGAAGGCGGCCAAAACGUUGGCCAUCAUCACCGGGGCCUUCGUGUGCUGCUGGCUGCCGUUCUUCAUUAUCGCCAUCCUGCUGCCGACGUGCACCGGUUGCGAUAUCAGCCCGAUCGUAACCAGCGUCUGCCUUUGGUUAGGUUACUUCAAUUCCACCCUCAAUCCGAUCAUCUACACCAUCUUCAGUCCGGAGUUUCGGCACGCGUUCAAGCGGCUCCUGUGCGGCCGGCGGCACACCCUGCGACGGACGCGCCAUAUGGGUGUACGGGUCGGUGGGCGGUAA